GUUCCUUAUAUAUUUUCUUGACGAGAAGAUGAAUAUUGAUCAAGUGGAGUCUUCUGACCAACAUUUUGUCAUGAUAUCAAAGACAAUAAAAAUAGUCAAUGAAUUGAUGCAAAACCCUGAAAUACCGCCAUUCUUUAUUUUUAUAAAAUUUUGAUAAUUCACUAUAUUAUAUGACUUAUUUUUUUUUCAGAAUACUAUUUGAUUUUCUAAAUCAUUUGGCUCAAAAUGAUUAUAUAUGCUACAUGAGUUUUACGUCAUUUAAUUAACCUGACUUUCUUUUUGGCUUCUACCAUUGUUUAAAAAAAUAAGAAGAAGUACUGGUUUAUGGUUUGAGUUUUUUAGACGAAGUUCUCAUACAUAUUAUUGUCACAAGAAACAAGACUUGAGGCGUCGAUUAAUUCUUUCUCUCGGCAAAGGAAUUCACAGAAACGGAAAAUAUAUUUGACGAAAAGCACCACAACAUGACAAAUCACAACAACAAAUUUAAAAUAAUUUAAUCUCCUUUUUAAGGUCUACAUUUCCCGUUUUUCCCCACUAAGAAAAAUGAGAAAGUAAAAAAUAAGACAGGGGUUACGAAGACAACUAGUCCUACAUACAAAAUUUGCCUAUCUGAAAAUAGAGAAUUUUCUAGCAGUUGCCUUCACCCCUUUCUGAUUUGCUGCAACCAUAUUGAAUCGACCGAGAGUUUUCGAACAAAUUGUAAGCUUAGGAAAAGAAACGAUGAAGACCCCUAUCGUUAGAUCAUAUGUUAGGUCAAAAGUGCCGCGGCUGCGAUGGAAUUCUGAUCUUCACAACUCUUUUGUUCAAGCCGUUGAACAACUAGGUGGAGAACAUAGAGCAACUCCUAAGAUGGUUUUACAGUUAAUGGAUGUAAGAGGACUCACAAUAUCACACGUGAAGAGUCAUCUCCAGAUGUAUAGGAGCAUGAAGUUGGAAGAAUCCAUGCAAGACGAGAUAUUAGCAAAGAGAAGUGUUAGAGUGACAGGAGAAGUGACUUGGUGGCAGUUUCAACAGUACCUUCUUAAUUAUCAACGUCUCCGAGGCAACGCCAACCUUUUCCAAAAUCAACUAAGGCGAGAAGACGAAAUCUAUGAAAACAUAAUAACAUUUGGAGAAUCAAGUAAUGGAAUUAAGGACGUACCAAGUGACUAUUUUACUUGCACGUCUCUAUAUGAGUCUUCAAGGGUCCGAGUUAGUAAAAGUAAAGCUGAUGAUGACAAUGGUAAAAUUGUUUGUGAUAUUGGAGAUGAUGGUAAUGUUGUUACUGUGUCAGUAAAAUCAACAAAGGCUUCCAAAGGUGAAGAAGAAUCGUCCCUUGAGCUCACUCUUGGUCUCAAGCCUUAAAACAGGAAUUCGAUAUAUGCAGAAACCAUUGGAAUGUAUCUUGUUAAUGCAUGUAUUUAAAAAUAUGUUUUUAAUCAUUUCUGUAUACUAGUGAAAACCAUUGCACGUUGGUGUCUUUCUACUGAGAUUUUAAACCGACGACUGUAUGCCGUUUCUUUGACUAAAUCUGUACGUUGUCAAUGGUAAACCAAUAUAAAAAAUUUACAUCUUUAUUUUAGUGAUUUCAGUAAUUAAACUCUAUAAUCUAUCUAUCUAUUUUUUUUUUUUGAAUUAUACUGGGGUAUUCUGGUCCCACAGAAAUGAUUCAGACUAGUCAUGUGUUGCCACCUGUUGGUCCCCUGUCUUUGGCGAUGCCGAAAUGUUAAUUUUCCAAUGGUCGGGACUCGAACUUUGGUUGCUUCACCAUAUUGGAUUUUUUACCCACAAAUUAAUUACCAUCAGACCACAAAUCCUGGUUAUCUAUCUAUAUAUACAAAAGAAAAGACUCUGCCACAUCAUCACGAAGGAGGAGCAAAAGAGGACACAUGUCCAAUUCUAUAUAUCUGAAGAAAAGACGAAACUUUCGUUUACUUCUUUACGACCUUUUACUAACCUGGUUUUAUAGGGUCUGUUUGCCUAAAGCCCAUAUAAAUAAUCUGGCCAUCUUCUUUCUAGACCUAAUGUUGUCUAGCAGGAAAAAAAAUCACAGGGACGAUUGAAAGUAACGUUUUCCUUUAGCAUUCAAGAGUCUCAUAUAAUGAUCGCGAUAACAACUAUUAAACCACUCUCUCCACUCCUUCGAAUUGAUUUUAUCAUACAUCUUUCCAUGGUAACGUCUGAAACCUAGGGUUAUAUAUACGCCGGAGGCAGGACAUGGCAAUCAUCUCUCCCAACAAACCUUUCAAACUUUCGAUUCCAAGCUCACCUACCUCUGUUGGCCACCUCACGUAUCCUUCUCACUGUUUUGAUAGAUGGGCGUUGUAGCCAGAGUUCUAUUAUUUAGUUUUCUGUUACGUCUGUGAAAUAAUCAUGUAAUUGCUCUUCGGCCACAGUUUACGUUCAUCCACAUUUCUGUUAACUCCUACCGUCUGAAGAAGAACAAACACCUGUUCAGUGAAGGUUCACUCUAUUCGAUAUAGACAUGGCUUUUUAGUUAUGCACAUUCUCUUUCUUGGUUGUAAGUUGUGACUUUUUUCCAUUGCGUUUUCAUCUUAUGUGUGAAUAUAGCUUACUGAGGAGUUGGCUAAGUUGGAUGAAAAGCUCAAGUUGACAGAAUCCAUUAUCCAAAGAAAAUUAUUGCUCGGUGAAUACUUCCUUGCUCGAUUAUGUUACAUCUUAUAUUUUUAUACUAAAAUAACACAAAACAAUUGUGUUGCAGUCUUCCUGAUUUCAACCGCUUAUGAUGCUGAGUUCUAGAAUUGAUAUUGAUUUCAGAAACUUAUGAACUUCAUUCUUGUUUCAUUCAAACUAAUUUGUAUUGAUUUCAACCGCUUAUGAUACAUACUUAAAUUAAUAUGUUUCUUUUGAUUCAAACAAAUAUGAUAGCUAAUACUCAAGAAAAUAUGAAGGAAUGCGCAGAUACGGAAGAGAGGCUCAAGAGAUUAUGCAGGAACAUACAUAGAUAUACCAUUUGGUGGCCAAGUUAUCUUGAGAGGAAAAGGAGAGGCUCAAGGGUCACCAGUAAAUUAUCAACAGAAUCUUGGUGGAAGAUACUUUCGCGUUUAUUGAUUUCAAUUGCUUAAACUCCAGAAUCCUGGAAUUAGAGGGUUUCUUUUGUUUUCAUUUAAACCAAUAUUGUACUAUAUUCUAGAGAAUCACAACGUCAAUGUUCAUUAUAAUAUAUAGAAACAGGCAGAUGAGAAAUGACGUGGGGAUGAAAUUUAAGAGGAAACAGAGUAAAGAGAAAAACCAAAAUGAACACUCAUAUGAUUUCUUUGGACACAAGUAACUGAUAUGUCUUGGGAAGAUUUAGGGGUUUGAGGUGACCUCUCAUUUGCUGUUACCGAAAUUAGUGAAAUGGAUUUAAAUUUGAUAUAUUUAAAUGCACACAUUUCAUAACUGUAUAGAAUUUCUAGGGGGAAAAUAUAUAAAGAAACUCUUUUUUUUGUAACAUAUAAACAAACUCUUUAAUUUUGGAACUUAAUGAUUAUUAAACCAAAACAAAUCUUAAAUCAAUUGUAAACUUAAAAGUGAUUUCGCAUAACUUAAAUAACUAACAUAAAAGAGUAUUUAGAUCAUCAUUUUGAUAUACUUUUGAUCAUCUUCCUCAUUAUUAUAUAUAGGACUUUCAGUUAUAAAAAUACAAUAAAUUGUGAGACUUAAUCAUCUCAAAUUUGUUUAAGACCAUGAAAAAAUUAAAAAUAAAUUAUAAUAUGUCUACCCAUUUAUAUUUCGUAAUGGUUUAGCUAUUAUGUAUUUAAAUACAAAUGCAAAAAAAAACUAUAUAUAUAUAUACAAAAAAAUUGUGCGUAUAAUGGAAAUGUUUUGUAUCCAUUAAUGAAACAAAGUUUCCCAGAUUCCUAGGAUUAGCAAUGACUACGACGGUUUUCUAAUUUACCAUACAAUUCAUUUUUUCUGGCUUACUUUAGGACUUUGACAAAACAUAAUAUCAGAUUUUCAGUAACUUGAUUUCCCUCAUAUGCUCAAUUCUUAUUAAAUAUGUACCAAAAAAUAGAUAAACGACAAUACCGUUCACGAAAACAGAGACAUACCAAAGUUCCUUCUAUACUGUUAUGUUUAAGUAAGGCCCUCUUUACUACCUCCGCAAGACUGAAUCCUCUCAGUAAUCAACCGAACAAUCACAAACUGUGUCUACUCCUUCAAACAGGAGAACUCUGAAGAAUCAACCAACUCCAUGAAACUAUAGCUUUCUCUGUUUUAAUUGGCUUUUUAUUUUCUGAUUUCAAAAUAACUUUUCCACUCCAUCGCCAAUGUUGUAUAACGAUAGCAAAACAGAGACAUACGAAACUCUGGGCCUCUCAUCCAAGAUUGCUUUACUAAGCCCUUCUCUAACUUACAAAUCCAAUGUCACCAUCGGAUCCAUUUAUCUCUCUAAAAUGGGUUUUAUGUAUUUAAAUACUCCCUCCGUUCCCGAAAUUAAGAUGUUUUAGAUUUUUUACUUGUUCCACAAAGAUAUAUUUUCUAUAUGUUUAAGGUAUUUUUUUAUACUUUUAAAAACAUUAAAUGAAAAUAUUUGAAUUGAUUAAAUUUCAUUGGCGAAAAGUUAUUGGAAAGUAUAUAAUAAAGUAAAAAAAAAUUAAAUUAUAAAUAUUUAUUGAAUUCUUAAUAAGCGUGAACACUUUAUAAAUCUUAAUUUCGGGAACAGAGGGACUAAUAUUUAACCACCAAUUAUAUAAACUAUAAAAUAUAUUAUAUUAUAUUAAAAAACUAUGUAAGCACCAAUUAAAACCCUACACAUAUCUAUCAUAAACAAUUUUAAAGAAAAUUAUACGUAAUAGAAAAAAUACAACCCAAAUAUGUUAACAAACAGUUGUCUAUGUUCUCUACAAAAAUUUUACCAAAAAAAAUGUUCUUUACAAAAACUAGCGUUUACAUGUUUAUAAAUGCCUUCUAUUAGGGUAGACCGAUAAAUUUAAAACCAUCUUCACAUCGUAUAUGUUGGACUUUAGAUGCUGUCACAUGCGCCCAAAUAUUUAAAACAUAGACAACCGUUAAACAAAAGAACCUCCUUCAUAAUAAAACGUCCUAUAAUAUCAAUAAAUUUUAACAAUACAAAAUAGAAAACUACACUAUAUACAUUUGCGUAUGAUAAAUUUAUUACAACAAUUUAAUAAGACAAAUUCAAAACACCCACAUCCCUAGUGAUGUAUAUAGUAACAAGGUAAAAAGCUUAAUUAGGGGGUCAUAUACCUCUACAAAUUAAUAUUUAAUUAUUUUGGGUUAGAUUAGUGUCUACACCAAUAUAUUUGUGUUCAUACUUCCACAUACCCCACUAAUUCGUUCAUAUUUUGUUAUAGUAUUAUCAUGUUAUAGUUUUAUAUAUCAAAUUUGUUAAGCAUGACUAAUAAAAAUAUUUAUGAAAAUUAAAGUCCAAUUCAUUAAUGUUUAUGUGUUUCCUUAAUUUAGUACUAUUGCACGGGUGUUUGUUUUCGCUCUUGAAUGCAUAUGUAAAGUCUUGACAAUAGAACUUUGAACAAACCAGCAGCUAAGUAGAUUUUUCUUUUGAUUGUUGAUUACUACAUGUUUACGCGUUUUGUAGAUCCACAAAUGUUAAAUUAACGUUGCUUCAAAACGCUAUACCUCAACUUGUAUCACUAUCAAUACAAUAUGUUAAAAGGUACCUGAAACCUAAGACAAAAACAAAUACAA